AUGAAUGAAAAUAUUUUAAGUAUGUACAAUUUAACAUUUGAUGAUAUAGAAGAAAUAUUUAUUAAUUCAACAUCUAUGUUUUAUUUAUUAUUAAGUUUUAUUUUUUCAUUUAUAAUUUCAAUUUAUAUUUUAUAUUUAUUAUAUUUUCAUUCUGAUUUAUUAACACCAUGUAUUGUUCCAUUUAUAUACGCAUUAUUAUUCUAUGAUCUUUCACAAUUAUUUUCUAUAAUUAUUAUUAAAACAAAUAUUUAUACAAAAUAUGAUUUUACCUAUGGUUUAAUAUGUCGUUUUAUUUAUUAUACAAAAUCAUCAGCAGAAGCUGGUAGUUCAAUAACAAUAAUAUUAUUAUUUAUUAUUCGUCGAAAACAAAUUAAAUAUUAUUUUUCACAUCAUCAUCUUGUUUCAUGUUCAAUUCGUUCAAGAAUAUUAGCAUUUUGUUCACUAUUAUUUACAAUUUAUAUUCAUAAUUGGAUAACACAUUUAAAAGAAGAUAAUAUUUAUUUAGUAAGAUAUAUUGAAAAUAAACAAUAUUGGCAACCCUAUAUUCAUUCAAUUAGUAAAUCAUCAAAUGAUAUUGAUAUUAAAUCUGAUACAAGAAUAAGAUUUUUAAAUGAUUUAAAUUUAUAUGCACAAGGUCGAGUUUAUAAUUAUAAUUUAACAAAUUUAACAAUAUUAACACAAAAAGAAAAUGAUAAUAUGAUUGUUUCAACAUAUAAAGAUUCAAUGAAAAUAUUUAUUAAAUUUCCUUUAUCAUUAUUAAAACAUAAUAAAUAUCAAACAACAUCAACAACAACAACAAUAAAAACAAUAACAACAAUAGAAUUAAAAAAACGAAAAAAAUUAAAUAAUAAUCAUUUAUUAUUUAAAUCCUAUAAUAAUAAUACACAUAGAAUAAAUUAUUUUAUUAAUGGAACAGAUUAUACUCAUAUUUCAUUAUUAUCACCAUCACCUUAUCGUGUAUCAAGAUGUACAUAUUAUCAACCCUAUUCAACAUUAAUAGCAAUUUUAAUAUUAUUACAUUCAACAUUUUAUGGUAUAUUAAUUACAAUUAAUUUUUGGAUAUCAAAUAAAUUUACAUAUUUAAAUACAUGGAAUAUACAAACAAAAAAUUUAUCAUUAUCAACAUCUUCAUGUAUAAAUAAUAAUCAAAUAAAACAAAAAAAAUCAUUAAUUUAUUUAAAACAAAAAUUAAAAACAAUAAUAUCAUCAAAAAAAUUAAUUAAACCAACUCUUCAACAACAUUCAUUAGUUAAACAUCUUCUUCAAUUAAAAUAUUUAUUAUAUAUUCAUACAUUUUUUAUUUUACUUCGUUUAUUCUAUGUUUGUAUGUUAAAUAUAACAUUAUUUUUUUCCUAUACACCAUUUUCAUCUAAAUAUUUAAAAUUUUUAUUUCAAUUAUUUUUUAUUUUAUCAUGUUAUUCAAUACCAUUAAGAAUUUUAUCAUUAAUUAUUUAUUUAUUUUAUCAAAUAUAUUCUCGUCAAUUAACAAUUAUUUAUUAUCAUUUAACACGAACAAAAUUAAAAUGUUUUUGUCGAUGUGAACGAUUGUGUUUAAAACGAUUAAUUAAAAUUGAAUUAACACCAUUUAUGAAUAAUAUAAAUGUAUGUACAAAAGAUAAACCAGUAUUUGAAACAUUAUUAUGUGAAAUAAUUGAACCAGAAAAUUCAUCAUCUCAAACAAGUAAAAGAAAGCAUACAAUGACAGAAUUGACAACAAAUACAAUAUCAGAUGUAGAACAUAUAUCAAUUGUAUGA